AUGCCCGCGCACCCGUUCAUGAGCCGUGUCGACGGCGGCGUCGGCCACGACAAGGCGGACGCGGCGACGUCGUUUUCGCGAAAGGAUGAGGUCCUGCUCAACUCGGUGCUUUUGUGGUUCAACGAAGAAAAGUCUCGUGUCCAAACCUUUUCGGACAUCGUUCACCACAAGAACGGCUUGUCGUUGCGCAUCAUCGACUGGUUGAUCACGAACUUCACCAGAUCCUUCAGCGUUGCGAUUGAGUCGGACGGCCUUCCCCGCAAUCUGCGCAGGGACUACCACAAGAACCUCUCCGCUCACAACAAGAAGAACUUCGACCCUUUCGCCCGCAGGCGUAGAAUCCAGAUCGUCUUGUUUGGCAACGAGGAGCGUGUCUCUACCAUCGGACAGCUGAACUUCUUCCGGUGGUUCCUGUCUAAAAACCUGGUCGGAUUCCUUCUCGAGAACAAGUCUGCAAUCGAGAAGCACAUGAAGGACUCCGACACCAGCAACGUUCGUCUCGUGAAAAGAAAGAGGGUAAAGAACCACAGGAAGCCCGGAGAGCCCGGGAAGCCUGGGAAGCCUGGGAAGCCUGGGAAGCCUGCGGAGCUUGGGAAGCCUGGGGAGCUUGGGAAGCUUGGGAAGCUUGGGAAGCUUGGAAAGCCUGGGAAGCCUGGGAAGCCUGGAAAGCCUGGAAAGCCUGGAAAGCCUGGGAAGCCUGGGAAGAUUGGGAAGCUUGGGAACCACAGGAACCCCGGGAACCCCGGGAGGCCGACACCGUUUGUCUGUGCCACAGAGCCUCCUCAGCUGUUUUCGGGAUCCUUCACGAUGUCGUUCUUGUGA